CGGUGGCUAAGCUGCAGCCAAGCUUGGUUCUGGGUGGAGAAGGCUGUAGCCAUGGACAGUCUUAGGAGUGGCUUUGGAGAGAUGUCAUCCCCUGUGAUCCGGGAGGCAGAGGUGACGCGGACUGCACGGAAACAAAGUGCUCAAAAAAGAGUUUUAAUUCGGGCAUCCCAAGAGGAUAAUUUUGGUAAUACUACACCAAGAAACCAGGGUAUCCCUCGAACACCCGGCUCAUUUCGACAGCCUUUUACUCCACCAAACCGAAGCUUACUAAGGCAGCCAGAUAUUUCCUCCAUUCUUGGAACAGGAGGGAGGUCUCCCCGGCUUACACAGUCUUCAGGGUUCUUGGGCAAUCUGUCCAUGGUAACUAAUCUAGAUGACAGUAACUGGACAGCUGCAUUUUCAUCACAGCGUUUAGGGCUCUUCACAAACGUGGAGCCCCACAAUGUAACAGAAGAUAUAACUCUCAGUGCUGUUAUGUUGCGGGAGGAUGAUCCUGGAGAAGCUGCAUCCAUGAGUAUGUUUUCUGAUUUCCUGCAGUCUUUUUUGAAGCAUUCUUCAACUACAGUUUUCGACCUUGUGGAAGAAUAUGAAAACAUUUGUGGUAGUCAGGUGAAUAUACUGAGUAAAAUAGUGAGCAGAGCAACACCUGGACUUCAAAAGUUUUCAAAAACAGCCAGUAUGCUCUGGCUUCUUCAACAAGAGAUGGUCACAUGGAGGCUGCUAGCUUCUUUGUAUAGAGACAGAAUACAGUCUGCAUUAGAAGAUGAAAAUAUGUUUGUAAUUACUAGAAUUAAAGGUAAAAGUCCUUUUUUAUCACACCAACUAUUCAGUAUAACAAUUUGGGAAAAUACUCUGCAUACCUUAAAACAACGCCAGCUAGCUUCUUAUAUAGGAAGUGCCCGUCCUCUUGUCACCGAAUUGGACCCUGAUGCUCCCAUAAGACAGAAAAUGCCCCUUGAUGAUCUGGAUAGGGAAGAUGAAGUUAGAUUACUUAAAUAUCUUUUCACUCUAAUCCGUGCUGGAAUGACAGAAGAGGCACAACGACUCUGUAAACGUUGUGGUCAAGCCUGGAGAGCUGCAACACUUGAAGGCUGGAAAUUGUAUCAUGACCCUAACGUUAAUGGAGGAACAGAAUUAGAACCUGUUGAAGGGAAUCCAUAUAGACGCAUUUGGAAAAUAAGUUGUUGGAGAAUGGCAGAAGAUGAGCUUUUUAAUAGAUACGAGAGAGCAAUUUAUGCAGCUUUAAGUGGGAAUCUUAAGCAGCUUCUUCCUGUCUGUGACACCUGGGAAGACACAGUGUGGGCCUACUUCCGGGUGAUGGUGGACAGUCUGGUAGAACAGGAGAUUCAGACAUCAGUAAUAACUCUGGAUGAAACUGAAGAACUUCCUAGAGAAUAUAUGGAAUCGAAGUGAGCUUUUUGCUUUUAGUCAUGGAGCUUGGUAAAAAUUUAUGAAAAAUGGAAAAAUUUUUUUCAGAGAGUUCUGGAAGAGAAUCAAGAACAUUAUCAUAUAGUUCAAAAAUUCCUUAUCCUGGGAGACAUUGAUGGUUUGAUGGAUGAGUUUAGCAAAUGGCUUUCCAAAAGCAGAAACAAUCUACCUGGACACCUCCUUCGCUUUAUGACUCACCUCAUUUUGUUUUUCCGCACUCUGGGACUACAGACCAAAGAAGAAGUUUCUAUUGAAGUUUUGAAGACAUACAUACAGGAAGCCCAUGAAACCUUUAAUGAGUGGUUCAAGCAUAUGAAUUCAGCUCCACAAAAACCUACUUUGAUGCUUCAGCCAACUUUUACUGAGAAAGUGGCUAAUGAACACAAAGAAAAGAAGUAUGAAAUGGAUUAUGGUAUUUGGAAAGGGCAUCUAGAUGCCCUAACUGCUGAUGUGAAGGAGAAAAUGUAUAACGUUUUGUUGUUUGUUGAUGGAGGGUGGAUGGUAGAUGUUAGAGAGAUAACAAAAACUGUAGUUGAGAAUAUUCGAAAGAAAGAUAAUGGUGAAUUUAGUCAUCAUGAUCUGGCCCCAGCCCUAGACACUGGCACUACUGAGGAGGAUCGUUUAAAGAUUGAUGUAAUUGACUGGUUGGUAUUUGACCCAGCACAGAGGGCAGAAGCACUGAAACAAGGCAAUGCAAUAAUGAGAAAAUUCUUAGCAUCGAAAAAGCAUGAAGCUGCAAAAGAGGUAUUUGUGAAAAUCCCUCAGGAUUCUAUAGCGGAAAUCUAUAAUCAGUGGGAAGAACAAGGAAUGGAAAGUCCACUUCCUGCUGAAGAUGAUAAUGCUAUCAGAGAACAUUUGUGCAUUAGAGCUUAUUUGGUGAGAUUUUUAAAAAAACCACAGAUGUGCCCAUCUUCGUGA